AUGUUCUAUGAUUAUCUCCCUACUGCACUAACUAUAAUAUUUCAGAAAAACUACAUUCCUACAUCCCUGAAACUCUACAAAAUGAACGCCGACAAUGCUCACAACAAGGCCCAAGAAGUCGGACAUGCCGCCAAGGAAAAGAUGAACGAUGCCGGCAGAGCCAUGAAGAACGCUGCCGAAAAGGCUGGAGAUAAGGCUGAAGAGUUGAAAGACCAGGCCGGUCAGAAGAUGCACGAUGCCAAGGAGGCCAUGAAGAGGCACUAA